GACCGAACUCAGAAGCUCAGAAGCGACGAACCGCCGACAUAGAGAGGAACAGAAACAAGGCGGAAGGAACCCCAAAAAAAAAUUGUGCUUGUGACCGGCAAACUCCAGCAUCAUCUCGCCUAGCAAAGUUAGCUACACAAUGGCUGUCGAUGUGGUUUUCCGAAAGCUCGUCGCCUGUGCAGUGGUGGCCUCGUUAACGUUCCAUCAGCCCGGUUCGUGUGCCAGCUUAUCCGGCGAAAGUACCGUUGACGGCGGCCGCGGCGGCGGUGGCGGUGGCCUGUCGUCAUCGUCGUCAUCAUCGCUGUCGUCAUCACAAUUGGCCACCAAUCCGACGUUUGGCAGUCUUUACCGUGCCGCCAGGGACGAGUACGGGCGCUACGCGCGGGACCAGCGAUGCGGUGGUUGCGGCGGCGGCGGCGGAGGAGGAGGUAGUUAUUCGGACCGGGAUAUGCGAUCGUACGGUGGCGGAAGACCUGGUGGAAUUUAUGGCUACUACGGAGGCCGUGGGUCGAUUUAUGACGAUCGAAACUGGUACUAUCGGCCGGAACCGUACGAUGAUCGGGCCAGCUAUCGGGGAGGCGAUGGGUACUAUUCGAUGCGACCGAACUAUAUGGGAAUGAUGAUGGGAUACGAUGAUCGCUACAUGAACCGUAACGAUGACCGAUACUAUCCGACGUCGAGCCGCGGUUAUUAUGACAACCGAGGAGGCGGAGCCGGCUCUCCGGGCUACUAUUCAACGGACAUGGGUAUGCGAAUGGGUGGCUACGGAGGCGUUGGAGGAGGAGGAGCAGGAGCAGGAGCAGCAGGAGGCUACGGUGGCUACCGGGGUAAUGGUUACGAUAAUCUCGAUCCGCUGUUUGACCAGUACAUGAUGGCCGCACGUGGAGGUGGAGGCGUACCAACUCCCGGCGUUGGAGGCAAUUAUAACCGCGAUCGCUAUUACGGAGCAUCCGGUGGAUACGGUGCUGGGUACGAUGAUCGCAAUCGCGGUGGUUACGGAUACGACAACAAAAACUUCCGACCGUGGGAUGAAACGUACAGAGGAACUUCCGGUUUUGAUAAUUCUGGACGUGGUUAUUAUUUUGCAAGCCGUCCACCAAGUUCGGCACCAUCGUCGGCACCUGGCGCACACCACCAGCAAUAUCCCCUACCACCACCAUCAUCAUCGUCCUCAUCUUCAUCAUCAUCGCAAUCGUCCUCGCACUACCACCAGCCCAGUCACGGCGGUGGUUUCGGUUACCCGGGCAGUCCAACGGGACCAGCAGGAACGUACACAAGUCAACCAAUCGGAUUCCAACAUAGCAGCGGACCGGAUCGGCCAGAUAGCAGCAGCCACAGCCAUGCGGGUAGUAGGCCAUGCUGCUCCGAGUGUUGCUCGUCCGGAGCCGGCGGUGGCGGUCCAAGUCGGUACCCAUCGGGACCAACCGGAACCGGGCCCGGUUACCAUCAACAGGCACCGUCCGGAGGUGCAGGUUCGUCUUCGUCAUCCUCAGCACAGUAUGGCGGAGCCGGUGAUCGGCCUGAUCACGGUCGGCCCGGUUCGUGGAACUAUCUGAGUGGCGGUGGACAAGAUUACCAUCAACAGGCCUCCUCGGCGGCUGGAGGGUCGUCCUACGGUCAGUCCAACCAGGACUACGGCAAUCGAGGCGGAUAUCAACAACAACAACAACGGCCAGAGGGAGGCGAUCGACAGCAAAACGCUGCCUAUAGUCCACGUCCCCGGCCCCCGACGGGUCUAGGCGCCACCAGCUACCUGCUGGAUCGGGACAGCGGCAAUUCCGUACCGGAACAACUGAGUGGUGCCAUCGCUAGUGAACUGAAAGCUGCUGCCUCCGCUGACGCUCCCGCUACCAACGACCAGCAAUUCAGCGAGGGUGGCCGCGGUGCUAAUUCCGAUUCCUCCCACGACAACACAGGCAACGUCGACAGCAAAGCCACCGAAAAACAUCAUUAA